CUCAGUAAGAGACUGUUCUGUGCAAAGAAAAGUAUAACUUGUAAUGAAAAUUGAAAAAACAAAAUACAGAGGAAAGGAACAACAAAUAACGGAAUAUAAAAAGUAACCACCAACAUUAAAUGUUAUGUGAGAUACGGAGGCGGAGUCUCUCGGAUCGGAGUCUCCGAUACGUUCUCGCGGGCACCACCCUGCGCGACCGGUUUAUACUCUCCCUCCGUCUCUAUGUAGAGAAGUGGGGGAAUGUACGCUCGCUCAGAAUAUCCAGGCAGUUUGGAGUCGUCUGGAGUUGCAGUUGCGGAGGCUAACGUUCCGGAACUUCCUUAUCCGGAGGUCCGUUCGCGAUUUUAUUCGUUCAAAAAAUCAAAAUCGGCUGAGGUAUCGAAUUCAGGUAACACGUGUUUCGCGAUCUUCAUAGCGCGAAUAGAGAGGGAACGAAUGUCAACGACGUAUUAUAAAGUAUGAGGCUGGGACUAAUGAGAGGACUUGUGGGAAAAGUUGCCUAGAUUGGCUUGAUCCCACAAGUCCAAAAUUUCGGAGAGGCUAUCGUGGUGGUUUUAGAAAGUUAACUCUGCGCAACAUAAUCCGCCUCUUCCCCCGAAGAGUUGGGUAUCCGAAGGGAUUUCUACCAUGUAAAAAAAAAACACGGGUGUACGGUUCGAGCUACACUUAUACUUAGCGUGAUAAGGGACUGGACCUGGAGUGAGGUGAUAGUGAAACGCGGAACCUGUUCUCAUUACUAUGUGCAAGACAGAUCGAGUAGUGCAGUGACGAUCUUUCAAUAUUGUCCUCUAGUUUUCUUAGUGGUUGUUUAUUGGACACAACACGUUGCGAGACGAGAGUCUCAACCACGGCAACAAAAUUGAGCUAGAAUUGCAUCGGUCCGCCGGCUAUAUGAGAGCCGGCGGCCACAACAUGUGCGACGGCCCCUUCGAGGGUCUCAGAAUUUCGGGGAUAGGACAGCCUACGUCGUCACCGAGUAAUAUCGGUCACAUGGGCGGUCUCGCAGGGGGUAGUUCACUCAGUGCGGCAGGGAAAAAAAUGCAGGUGGAACACAUCAAACGACCGAUGAAUGCUUUCAUGGUCUGGUCGCGAUUACAACGACGGAAGAUUGCGCAAGAGAAUCCAAAAAUGCAUAACAGCGAAAUCUCCAAGAGGCUCGGUGCCGAAUGGAAGCUCCUGACGGAAGACGAGAAACGCCCGUUUAUCGACCAAGCGAAAAGGUUACGCGCACAACACAUGAAGGAACACCCUGAUUACAAGUACAGACCGCGAAGGAAACCCAAGACUCUACGAAAAGAAGGAUAUCCCUACAGCAUUCCAUAUCCAAGCGUCCCCAUGGACGCUAUUCGUGCUGGUAUGGCCAGCAGUAUGGGGCAAGCAGCAAUGGGAUCCUAUUACACUCCUGCCGCAGCUUAUGGCUCGCUCUCAGCAGCCAGCAUGGCUGCAGCCGCAGCAGUUGCACAACAAUCCAUGAAUAUCGCACCUACUCAGGUAGUAGGUAUGGACACAAUGAAAUACUCUAUGGAGGCUGACAAAUAUCGCGCCUAUAUACCGCCAAGUACUCUGGCAAUGGGCAUGUACCCGGACCCCAAGUACUUAGAUUCCAAUCCUAAGGCAUAUCUAGACCGUACUUACUUAGACGCGAAGGCGUACUUCGAACAGUCCAAACUGUAUAUGGAUCAGAAACCGACCAUUGAAUACAAUCGAUCCAGCUACGAGCCCAACAAGCUCUACGAGGAAUCGAGCCCGAGUAGUGUCGUCGGCGGAAGUGGACCCGCGAGGUCACCACCCUCGGAAUCACCGGACACAAGCAAGCAACACGAGAGGACGGAACAGGGUUCAUCCAGCGCGAGUUCGACAUCAACGUCGUCAGCCGCGAGUCCUGGCGCAACACUAUCAGUUAUCCCGGGAUACUAUCCCGCACCGGUCCAAGCCGGCAGCUUGAUAGGCCCACAAAUGAGCCAAUACCCAACACCCGGUGCUGCGUACCAGACACCACCGACGUCGGGAAACGAGUCUUUCCGACGACCGUUGGUGAUCUUGUGACCCGAUAGAGCGUAGCUCUGAUCUAUUUUUGAGGAGCAAUUGCUAUGAGGCAAUUGCUACCACAAUAUUUUAACGCCCGGAAAAGUCGAUACACUCGGGCCGCUUAAUAACCUUGUUGACUGAUAAUUUCCGGAAAAGUCGGCGCUGCAUACGCAUUGAUUGAUUUGAAGAUCCGAGUUCAAAUCCAACCAGAACAUUGCUCGUUUUUAUUCGAACGCUUUUCUCGGAGGAAAGUGGCCAGCGCCGAAAGAUUAUUCUACCACAUACGACCCUUUGGGGCCUGACGUCUGACCGGUCUGACCCUCCAGGUUGGGGAGUCGAUAGGGGAAAACGUGGAGGUGGAAAACGGUAUAUGAAUUCACAUUUUUAAAUUACAAGUAUUAGGCUACCUACAUGGCUUCUCUUGUUUGCUGUUCGGUUGGGGGUAGUGGAGUUGUACAAGUAAGCUGACAAUCUCCUCUCACAAUCGGAAGAACAAAUCCUAUGUUGAAACUUCAAAGGAGGCUUCGAAAUGGAGGUAAAAAGAGUGAAGCGGCCAAAUAGUAUUACAAAGUAUAGUAUCCCAAAAUCUACAAUACCAUCUCCAAUGACGUAUAAUAAGUCCACAUAACUGUAGGUAUCAAAAUAAUUAAUGGAUGACGUGUACAGUACCCUCCAUAAGUUUGGAAACACUUUAUAAAAGUGUAUUACGAAAGAAACGCAUAAUAAAAUCGAUGUAUUUUGCUCUUUGUAAGUGUUCAUUUAACUAAAGAACAUUAAAACGAAGAUACAUACGUACAUACGACAAGCUUUUGAUAAAGAUUUAAAUUUUAGAUUCCUCAAAAUAACCAGCUUUUGCUUUAAUGACUGCCUUGCAUACUCGCGGCAUGCGAUAGAUUAACUUUUGCAGAGAUUCAGUCGGGAUACGUUUCCAUUUUUGUACUUGGAGAAUCUCCCAGAAAUGCACUUCACUCGUAAUUCGCUCUUUGCGAAUCCUCCUGUCUAAUUCGUUAUUUAAACGUAUCGUAAUUUUAUCAUUAUUUUCAUCAUUAUAUCGUUAUAUAAUUAUCGUUAUUUAACGUAAAAUAUAGGGUGUUUCCGAACUUAUGGAGGCUACUGUAGCUCUAUGCUUGAACAAGUAAUUAAUAAUGGUAGGGUCAAUCCCGGCCUUCGUCUCGCAUAUUUUCCCGAUAAAGAAAAUUUCAAAAUUCAGUGCUUAAAAGAAUUUAAAUGCAAAAUAGAUGGAUUUUAAUGAUGUAAUUUUGAUGCUGACAAAUUUAAUGCUGCGGAUAUUCAAUAGUCUUGUCCAAUGGUCACUCAUUAUGGAAACUUUCUACUGUUGGUUCUACUCCGUACAACACACGGUUGUGUUAAAUUGGUUGACAUUAUCAGUCAGCAAGGUAAUUAAGCGAUGACGUCUUAACCUACCGCUCGGAGAGGUAGGUAGACAUCCCUAUUUAUUACUAUGGAAAAGACAAACGAAAUCCUCAAGAAAGGAAACAGUUGGGGACAGUGAAACUGACGGUAGUACGAACGUGUAUACGACUCGAAAACAGUAUAAUUGCAAUGUGUCCCUCCCGAUCGCGACACGGACUCAACGAGAUGAAAGCUAAAGGACUCCAUAGCUCAGUAUGAUAAUUUCUAGCUUGUAGCUUUGUAUGAUAAAAUUAUCGAGGAAAAAGAUUUAUUUCUUAAAAAUUCGAUGAUGUAACCAGCCGACGAUGUAAAGUAUUACCGGAUUCUAUCAAAUUUUUCAAUAACAAUUAUUCGUCAUAAUAGUCACGGAUUUGACAAAAUAGCUUACACUAAUCACCAUCAAUACUUUCUGGAAUGUUCUCGAUGCUUUUCUACGGAAAGACCCAAGCAAUUCUUGAAGGAUUCUGAAGUGGACUGGGAGUGAUAAAUGAAGAUCUCGUGAACCAAUUAAAGAAACAAAUUAAUAAAAUUGGUAUGGUUCAAAUGUGAUCAACACAAAUUUGAAGGAAUGA